UGACGUUAGCAAAUAACGAGUUCAAAAGCUUCUCUCAAUCAAUAACGAUCUUAUACAAUUCAAUAAUGCAAAUAUACCUAAAUAAAUAUUUCAUUUGUUUCAGAUUGACACGCAGUAAACGACGAAUUAGUAAACUAAGAAGGACAUCAUGAACCGACACGAGUUACUGCUCACUUGACGGUAGCCUCUUCAAUUGAAAAUUCAAAUAUUCAAAUAAAGGAGCACUAUGAGACGCGAGCAUUUAAAACAUAGUCUGACCCAUCGCAUACGACAUUCAUAUAAACAUGAUAAGUUCCAGCUUGGCUGGUUUAUGAUGCCGAGUUAAGAAUACUACAAAAUUAUGCCGACCGAAACAUGGGCCACAGAUGAGCCGUUUUACAAUGACAGUUUUAACGAAUUUACCAAUAAUAACUAUACCAAUGCCACAGAUCCAAUCGAAGACAAGGCGAUUCAAGCCGCAUUUUGUGUUGCAUACACCAUUAUUUUUGUCGUAGGAAUCUUUGGUAACGCCAUAGUAUGUUACGCUGUCAUAAGGAACCGAGCAAUGCAAACUGUAACUAACUUGUUCAUCACGAACCUCGCAUUAUCGGACAUAUUAUUAUGCGUAUUUGCAGUACCUUUUACGCCUCUUUACACUUUCUUGGGCAGAUGGGUCUUCGGUGGCUUGUUAUGCCACAUUAUGCCUUAUGCUCAAGGAUGUAGCGUCUAUAUUUCUACGCUCACUCUCACUUCCAUCGCCAUCGAUAGAUUCUUCGUUAUCAUUUAUCCGUUUAAGCCUCGCAUGAAACUUAAAACCUGCAUUGGUUUAAUAAUAUUUAUAUGGGUAUUCGCCUUAUCUGUCACUUUCCCUUAUGGUUAUUAUAUGGCGUUGCAAGACGUUUAUUGCGCAGAAGAAUGGCCCAGUGAUCAAAUACGAAAAGCCUUCGGCGCUGUCACUACUAUCAUGCAAUUCGUCGUACCUUUUAUUGUAAUGGCAUUCUGUUAUACUUGUGUCAGUAUAAAACUCAACGACCGACUGAAAUCUAGACCAGGAAGUAAGAACAGUAAAAAGGAAGACGCCGAGAGAGAAAGGAAGAGGAGAACGAACAGAAUGCUUAUAGCAAUGGUUGCCAUUUUCGGUUUAUCAUGGUUACCUUUAAAUUUAAUUAAUAUUUGUAGUGAUUUCUACUCAUUAACUGAAGACUGGACGUAUUAUAUGGUAUUGUUUUUUGUAGCACACUUCAUAGCCAUGUCUUCCACUUGUUAUAAUCCAUUUUUGUACGCCUGGUUGAAUGAAAAUUUCCGUAAAGAGUUCAAGCAGAUACUGCCAUGCUUAGGAGCAUUAGUAACAAAGAAAUCAAAAAGAAAAUUUAACCAAUCAGAAAGAACUGGUGCUUUCCGUUCAGAGAAAACUUGUAAUGGCAAUGAUACUGUACAAGAAUCAUUACUUACAUCGACUGUAAAUAAAUUGCCAUCGCUAAGAUAUAAAAUAGAGUUCAAUGAGCAAAUGAAAUGCUUCGACGACGAAGGAAUAGAAAAUAUAAGUCCGGAUGAGAAACCAGAAGAUAAUCCGAGUCAUAAUGAAGAAGACUGUGUAAAUAUGUAUAUGUUUGUAGAUAAAACUGUUCUCACAUCAGAUAAGGAACCAAUUGUAUCAGCUCUGUAGCUUUGUCGGUAAAUUCCGGUGGCGUUCAUCAGGAACACCUACUUUGUUUUAAUUAGUGACGAGCGACUAAACUUCAAAAUGUAUGCAAAUUCAUCCCAUAGGUAAUCGAAUUUAUUUCAGCAAGAAGUUCUAUUUAAAAUUGCAUUAAAAUUUUGUCGGGCAUUUAGUAUUCAUAGAAUAUUAAAAUCAGUUUUAAAACCCUUCCCUUUAGAGUUCACUUAGUCUGCGUAAUGACGAUAGCUUUUAAGAAUUAUGUAUUUAAAUUAAUAUGGUUAGGUAAAUGUAUAAAAAAUGUAUCCAAUUCAAUAUCAGAGAUUAGAUGUUUGUUAUGUUGUAAAUAUAGUUAAUCGUUUAGAUAUUUAAAACAAAAAGUAUUUCCGUCAUUUAUAGUUUUGUAAAACUAUGAGCCCAUUGACGAAAAAACUUUUUCUAUUGUUGUAAUCAAAUAAUUGUAUGUAUGUAAAAAUAGUGACUGCAUGUUUAUAUAGUAUUAUAAUGAAGAUAUUUUUUAUAAUUGUACAAUAAUGUAAAAUGUUUAAAAGGCCUUGUAAUUAAUGUCAAUGGAUGAGAAUAUGUGCAAUUUACUGUAAUUAAUCAAUAAAGUAUACCGAGAGAAUUGAU